CAAAAUCGAUCAGCAGGCAGCAGUAGAUUUCAACAUGUCUGCCGUCGGCUGUCAGUAAAGGAGGUUGUUUUCAACUUAACAGCAGAUCAUUGAGCUCGGAGAAGACCAGACGAGGUUCGCGCUCAUGGCUCAGUGCGUGCAGUCCGUGCAGGAGUUCAUCCAGGACUCGUUCGUGCCGAUGGUGGCCGUCCUGUGCAGUGAGGAUGCCGAGAGAGUGACCCGCAAAAACAACCUGAGUUUUCCCGAGCUGCUGCGGCCUUUCUGCCGCCUGACGUCCGAGGGUCAUCUGCGGGACCCCAAUAACCAGGUGGUCGUGGUGAAGGGCCUGCGGAUCAGCGUGACUGGGAUCAACACUCGUCCUCCACAGACACCCGAGCUGCAGAGAGUCCUCAGCCAGGCCGUGUCCAUCUGCCAGCCUCCUGAAGCGUCGCCCGCUAACGUCAUCACAGCUGGAGACUAUGACCUCAACAUCAGCGACCGCACGGUCAAAGCGAGCGUUCCCUGGUACUCUGACUGGAAAGAAACACUCACCCAGCUGAGCUCCUCCAAGUACUACACAGCAACAACGCCGUGGUUUGAGACGUAUCGGGAGAACUUCCUACAAUCCAUGCCAGCAUCAGAGCACGAGUUUCUCAGCCACUACCUGGCUUGUAUGUUGGUGGUCUCGUCCAAUGAGGCGGUGCCGACAGAGCAGUUCCUUAAGCUGUCCCAGGAACAGCACAGAAUCCAGCACAGUGGAGAUUACACACACCCCAAAUGGUUCAUUCCCAACACGCUCAAAUAUUACGUCCUGCUGCAUGAUAUCAGCGACGGAGACGAGCAGAGGGCGGACUCUGUGUAUGAGGAUAUGAAGCAGCGGUAUGGCACUCAGGGCUGUUACCUGCUCAAGAUAAACUCCCGCAGCGGCAGCACUGGUGCGGAUGAGCAGAUGCCGGACCCCUGGAGUCAGUACUUGCACAAGACCAGCAUACACAACCCUGAGCUGUAUGAAGAAUAUGCAGUGAAUAAUGUAACUGAAAACAACAUCAGCGCAGAGGAAGAUGGUCUGGAACAGGCAGUUAGAGACGGUGUUUCAGACACUCAUCCUCUUCAGCUUGACUCACCGUCUGACGCUCUCAACGACGAGAGUCAAGCUGAAAAUAUGACGAAAGCUCUGAAGCAGACCAGUGUGAGCUCUAAUAGCAGCCCGACUCCCAGAGGAACCUGCCUGACACUUAAUGACCAUGACCACAUCCGGCAGUUCAUCCAGGAGUUCACCUUCAGGGGAUUACUGCCGCACAUUGAGAAGAACAUUCGCCAGCUCAACGACCAGCUUGUCUCCAGAAAAGGUCUGAGUCGAUCUCUCUUCUCCGCCACUAAGAAGCUGUUUGGUGGAGGGAAGGUUCCAGAGAAGAGCAUUGCUGAGCUGAAAAACACUGCAGGCUUGCUAUAUCCCUCUGAGGCGCCGGAGCUUCAGAUCAGGAAGAUGGCUGACCUCUGCUUCUUGGUCCAGCAUUAUGAACUGGCCUACAACUGCUAUCACACUGCCAAGAAGGAUUUUCUGUCAGACCAGGCCAUGUUGUAUGCGGCCGGAGCGCUGGAGAUGGCGGCUGUUGCUGCUUUUCUACAGAGUGGAGCGCAACGGCCGUACCCCGCUCACUACAUGGACACCGCUAUUCAGACCUACAGAGAUGUCUGCAAAAACAUGCUUUUGGCUGAGAGGUGUUGUCUUUUAAGUGCUGAGAUUUUGAAGAGUCAGACGAAAUAUUCAGAUGCUGCUACACUUCUGAUCAAAAUGACCAGUGAGGACUCUGACCUGCGCAGUGCACUUCUGUUGGAGCAGGCGGCUCACUGCUUUAUUAAUAUGCGCAGUCCUAUGGUCAGAAAGUUUGCCUUCCACAUGAUACUGGCCGGCCAUCGAUUUAGCAAAGCUGGACAGAAGAGACAUGCAUUGAGAUGCUACUGCCAGGCCUUGCAGGUGUAUAAAGGUAAAGGUUGGACACUGGCUGAAGAUCACAUCAACUUCACCAUCGGCCGGCAGUCCUUCACUCUGCGGCAGCCGGAGAACGCAGUGGCCGCUUUCAGACAUAUUCUCAUCAACGACAGCAAACAGUCCGCAGUCCAGCAGGCUGCUUUCCUCAGGGAAUACCUCUAUGUGUACAAGAGCAUGAGUCAGGUGAGCGGUGAGAACUCUCUCCCACAGCUGCCACUGCCCUGCCUGCACAGCUCACAGACACGCGUGUUCUUCGGCCACGAGCGCAGACUCGCUGAAGGCGAGAAACAAGCUGCAACCCACGUGUCUUUGGACCAGGAGUUUGACCGUGAUUCUUCUCAGCUGUGGAGAGAGUUGGAGGAGAGAGUCGUCUCUGCAGCAAACAGAGGAAGCGUUCCCAACACCUUCCAGCCAUCCCAGUGCUGCCUGAACAGUCAGACGGACAACCUGCGAUACCCACUCGCUGUGGUGGAAGAGCCCAUCAUCGUGGAGGUGGUUUUCCGCAACCCCUUGAAGGUUCCCUUAGCUCUGUCGGCUCUGUCUCUGCUUUGGAAGUUUACCAUGAAAGACUUCUCAGGCCCUCAGGACAGCACAAGCGGAGAAACCAUCAGCAAUGAGAAAGAGGCAGCGGCUCUGAAAGAAACCGUGGCUCUCAAUGACAUCAUUGAUACGCAAGUCAUUCCAGAGUUCGCCAUAAGUCCAGAGGAGACCAAAGUGGCACGGUUGAAAUUGAUUCCUCGUAAGACAGGAGAGUUGCAUGUUCUCGGUGUGGUGUAUAACCUGGGCACUGGAGAAGUCAGCAAUAGUGAAGGUUCUUUGGCCAGUGAUGUUAUGUGUGUUCGCGGACAGCAAAAUCUGGAGAUCCAGGGGCCCAGACUCAAUGUGACCAAAGAAGAAAAGACUUCGGUCAAAUAUGGACCAGACCGCCGUCUGGACCCCAUCAUCACCCCAGCCAUGCCCUUACUGGAGGUUUUUUUCAUCAACUUCCCCACUGGUUUAUUAUGCGGUGAGAUCCGUAAAGCGUGGGUGGAAUUUGUGAAUGUGAGUGGCGUUCCUCUGACGGGUCUUCGAGUAGCGUCCACUCACCCGGAGUUCUUUACGUUCGGGAGCGCCACCUCUGACCUCACCCCCGUCACCCCUACAGCAGCCGAGCACUGCUCUGCAUACAAGACUGUGGCCACAGCGCCGUCACAGGCCUCCGUUUCGCUCGUGUCUCCGGCAGCGUUUGGGGUCUCCAACAUUGACCGGCCCAUGGUGGCUGAGAUCCCCCUAUCCCGAGGCGUUCUGGGACCAGGGGACGCCUUACAGAUCCCGUUGUGGCUCAGAGGACCCGACAGAGAGGGUGUUCAUGAAAUCAACUUCCUCUUUUACUAUGAGAGUACAGAGAAGGCCGCCAAACUCAGUCACCGGGUCCUUCGACACACUGCUUUUAUAUGUGCGAGUCGAUCGCUGAGCGUCAGAGCCACGGCCAGCCAGAGCAACACGCUGUACAGUAGAGAGAGAGAGAAACGAGAGGCCGGAGGUGGAGAGGAGAAGAACACCAGCAUGCUGGUCUUUGUGGAUGUGGAGAACAUUAAUACGAGUGAAGCAGGUGUUCGUGAGUUCCACAUAGUCCAGGUGUCUAGCAGCAGUCGGCAGUGGAGGCUGCACAAGUGCAUCAACCCUGUGGGAGAGAGAGACACUAAGCUGGCCAGCAGAGAGAGGGGGAAACUGUGCUUCAAAGCCUCCAGAUGCAAAACAGAGGAAGCUACCUCAGAUGCAGCAGGAAAAUACACAUUUGCCGACCUUAACCUUGGCAGUGAACAAAUCGUCAGCUCCACCACUCCAUGUGCUGAUUUUUUCUUCCGUCAGGGUUUGCCCUCUGAGCCCAGGAGAGGGGUCGGGUCUGCAGGCGGUGUUAGUCAAAUGAGGAGACAGAGCCUCACGCCACAGAGCGGGAUUGAUGAUGAUGUGACAAGCAUUGUUCGAAAAUGCAGCGAAGUAGAGCUUGACAUCAUCGUCCUCUGGAAGGCAUAUGUUGUGGAGGACAACAAACAGCUCAUUUUAGAGGGACAGCUUCAUGUUGCACUGCAAACUAUUGGAAAAGAAGCCUGCUCGCUGUCACAGAAAGAGGAAACUCAAGAAAUGGUUCUACUGAAGUUCAAGCCCGAUCUUCCUCCUCCUGUAAGCAAGCCCUCGCUGGAGCAGCUCUCCCACCUCAUAAAGACCUGCCUCCACUACCCAGAGUCUUACGAUCAUCCCUUCCCACAAAAGAGUUUAUGUAUGGUUCCAGUCACCCUGAUGCUGUCCAACUGUUCCCUGGCUCAGGUAGACGUCAUCAUUGAUCUGCGGCAUAAAACAACCAGCCCAGAGUCACUGGAAGUGCACGGUUCUUUUAGCUGGCUGGGCCAGACCCAAUAUAAAUUGCAACUCCAAGCACAAGAGGUCUAUAGGCUUUCAUUGAAAGCCUGUUUCUUCCAGGCUGGAGUUUAUAAUUUGGGCACACCCCGUGUCUUCGCCAAGUUGGCACAGACCAGCGCAAUGUGUGAGACCAGCCAGCAGAGCGCCAUGCCUGCUCUCAUCAUCAUCAACAGUGUUUGAGGAACUCCACAGCAACUCCACAGUCCAACAUUUCCUGGCCCACCUAAAUAAAUGACUCCAAGAUUUUUUUGUUCGUUUUUUUUCUACUUGUUGCUAAAAUGAAAUCUAAUUGGCAGUUAAGUAGUUUAAAAAAAACUUGAACAUAUGUGUUUCAACUUAACACUGCAUCUGUUGUGCUCGUACGGUCUGCUAUGGUGAGCUAAAUACAAACAAACUCUCCAUGUUUUGUCUGAAAUACACCUGAAGCGUGACUGGACCUGUUUCCAUGUUAAUUUAUCUCUCAUGUCCACCAUGUGUAUCUUUUUUGCUUUUGUUUUAUGAACUUUUUUUUUUUUUUUUUGGUUUUAGAACUAUAUUUCUUUAAGACCCCAAACAUGUGUAAUGUUGAUGCUGUGAUUUAAUGGUUGUCCACUGCGAUCUGUUGCCACAGUAACUAAAAAAAGUACUUUCUUAAAAACCAGAAGAUGAAGCACUGUAACCUGAUGGCCUGGAGAUGAUAUUAUAGCAGCUGCUGAAAGCACGUGUUCUGCUUUAUUCAGUCACACUGCAAAUGUGGAGUAAAUUUAAUAUCACCUUAUGAGGGGCCAGUAGGAUCUGCAAAGUCCAGCGAGGAGCCGGCUGAAUCCACAGAUUUUAAAGGACCUGUAAAGACACCAAGAGGGUUAAAGUCACAAUUAGAGGGCAUAUUUUUGCAUCCAGCAGUGGGUGGGCAGUGUCGUUUCUCUCUGGAAAUUUUUAAUUUUCUACAAAACCAAUCAUCUUCUCCCACCACCUCUCAGCUCUCAUUCUGUCAUCUCCACUAUUAUGAUCAAACUGUUAUUUAAAUGUAUCUACACCACUGCUUUUCUGAAGAAAAAAAUGAUGUAUUAUAUUUAUAACAAAUUACUGUACAUGGAAUAAAAUGUAACCAAUAACCAAGAA